GGGUUCUUUUCAUUUAGUAGGUUCAGCUACAAUGGUCCAGUACUCUCUAUUAAGUUGGCAUUACCCUUAAAUAAUGCUUAUGUGUGCCCUGGGUACCCCUGGAACUAUAGCAGGGUGACUGUUACUCCAAUGUUUCGAUAUAUCUGUAACCUUGUAAUGGGCUAAGGCACCAAACCUGGAGGCCAGUUAGGGUAAGAGUUGGAGUUUCUCCUUUUUUUAAAAAUUUUUGGGACUACUGUAUAGUAUCAAGUUAUAAUAACAAGGUAACUGCUAAAAUAAUAAUUUCAUAUACUGUAUGUUUCUAUAUCUAUUGUCUUGUAAUGGGGUUUGUGGUCCCUGGCCAAAUGUCACCUCUCUAGUGGGAGCACAGAUUUAAAAGCUCUGUGAUGUAUAACAUUUGCCAUGUUAAAUUUGCAAUACUACGUUUUUCAAUUUUUAGAUAUGGCUGGAGGUUGCAAGACUUGUAUCCUAAAUAUAGGUAUAUCAUGUUCUGUGGGGAACAAAAUAGCCUCAACACUACUACUAGUGCCAUUGCUUCAAGUUUGGAUCAGCUAACUGAAGUGAAACUUGAGAGGAUGUUGUACCCUAAGCCUGAGACAUUGAACCCCCCAAGAAAGGAUGUACUUACAAUAACACCUUGGUUAGCCCCGAUUGUUUGGAACGGGACGUACAACAUUGAUAUACUGAAUGCCCAGUUCCAUCAAAGGGGAGUUCGCAUAGGUCUUACGGUAUUUGCCAUUAAAAAAUAUACAGUUUUUGUAAAAACCUUUAUUGAAACGGCUGAGAAGUUCUUCAUGUUAGGACACAAAGUCAACUAUUAUGUGUUCACGGAUCGAGCCAACGAUAUUCCCAAUAUAACUGUUGCUGAAGGGAGACAGAUGGUCAUUCUGAAUGUACCCAGUUACCAAAGAUGGCAGGAGGUCUCCAUGAGACGGAUGGAGAUGAUUCGGGACUUCAGUCGUCAACAUUUCAUCAACGAGGUGGACUACUUGGUUUGUGUGGAUGUAGAUAUGCAAUUUAGUGAUGAAGUUGGUGUGGAAAUCCUAAGUGAUGUUUUUGGGACCCUACAUCCUGGCUUCUAUGGAGCUGGACGCCAAGCUUUUACCUAUGAGCGUCGACCACAAUCCCAGGCCUAUAUACCUUCUGAUGAGGGGGACUUUUAUUAUGCAGGAGGAUAUUUUGGAGGCACUAUAGAGGAGGUCUACAAACUGACUAACUUCUGCCAUAAUGCCAUGAUGACGGACAGAGAAAAUAAAUUAGAAGCAGUUUGGCAUGAUGAGAGUUAUCUCAACAAAUACUUUGUAUACCAUAAACCAACCAAAAUCCUUUCCAUUGAGUAUCUGUGGGACAAUGGUUUUGGAGUCCCAGAUAUUCUAAAAAGGAGGAGAUUUGUUGCCGUUCCAAAAAACCAUAAUGCCAUCCGAAACAAACGGUCCAUAAGGAGAUAGUGGAACGCUUGGAGAUAGAAAAAAAUAUUCAUGCCUGUAGUGUGGCACAUGGUUUCUCUGCUUUCCUGAACUUGGGCAAUAGGGUUGGAUAAGAAAAGAACUGGACUUUACUAUUGAUUAUUUAAGAAAGAAUUGUGGUUAUCUAAGGCAGUAGUUAAUAUAUAUUUACAUUUUUGGAGGGACAAUUUAUGACUAUAAUCAUUUUGCUUCAAUAAGAAAAUAUUUAUUUUUGCAUUUUUUAAAAAAAGAAAUUGCACAGAAUUUCCAGCUGACAUUUAUGGACUAGGUGAAAGGAACAAUUCCAGUGCUUCCAAUCUGCAUGAAACAAAUAGAGGGAGAGGCACAGAUUACUCAAGUAUAAUGUGUAACUGAAUCUGAACCGAGACCAAGCAAUUCUCUGGUUUGUUUACUCUAAUACCUCCAUUAUCAGUUAUACUUUAUAUUGUUUUAUAGUAGGACCAGAAACGGGUCUAUUUUGAUUAAUAAAUUACUAAAUUAUU